AUGGCCCAAUCACCACGCGCGCGCAUCCGAUUUUCUACGGUCGGAGACUGCAGAAUAGCUCCUCCGUCACGGCUGUUUGAUUCCCUGUUUUCAAGUGCCGUUUUUGCGCGCGCGCGCGCAAAACUCCGCCUACCCUUGUUUGGGGUCGCGAGUGCGUCGCUUUUGAACAAGUGCGACAUCUUGUCGAGGACAUCCUGGUUCCCUGCAUCGAAGCCCAACCACGUUACACUUGGAGGCGAACGUAAGAUUUCCACAAAAAGACGCAGAACCUCCGGAAAAAGCGGGCUGAAGCAUUUCGGCAAACAAGCGUUCACCUUUGGGCGAAUUUUCUUGACGCCAGAAGUUGAUGAGUGGGUGUAUUGGCAAAACAAAAACAGAGAGCCUGCAGACUUUCGCAGUUCACUCGUCGAAUCAGUAAACAACCGCCAUUCCUUUGUGCACGACGGUGAUAUUGUCAAGUGCAACUGUGUUGUUGACAACCUAUCAUUCUUCCUUAUUUUCGCCACUUCGAUCUCAGACGAGUGA